AUGUACGACCCUACGCUCACCAUCCACGCCACCGGCGCCGCGACCAAGACGGUGGAAGAGCACAAGGAGCCACAGGAUGUUACGUUACACGCCGCUUGGUACUGUCCGUUCACCCACAGGGGCUGGAUCACCCUCGAAGAGAAAGGAGUACCAUACGAAUACCGUGAGAUAAACAUCUACCACCGGGACGAGAACUACGAACGUUUCCUCAAGAUUAACCCGAAGGGUAUGGUCCCUGCGCUCGAGCGCAACGGCAAGGCGCUCGGCGAGUCGCUCAUCCUCUGCGAAUACCUCGAGGACGCGUACCCAACGGAGGAGACCAGACUACUCCCCGCGGACGCCUUCGAGCGCGCCUUCGCACGCCUCUGGCUCGACUACAUUUCCAAGCAGAUCGUCCCGGCCUACUUCCGCCUCAUCCAGGCGCAGGGGGAGCAGAACCAGACCACCGCGCGCGAGGAGUACUACAAGAUCCUCCGCACGUUCGCCGACAUGGUUAAGGGGCCGUACUUCCUCGGCGAGCAGUUCAGCCUCGUCGACGUGGCGAUCGCGCCCUUCGUCGUGCGUGACGCGGUGCUCAAGGAGAAGAGGGGGUACGAGCGCGUGGACGUUAGUGCCAAAUGGAAGGAGUACGCCGAUAAAGUGGCAGCGAGGCCAAGCGUCGUCAAGACCUCAAGCGAGAUAAAAGACUACACACACUUCUACGGCCCAUACCUGCGAGACGAGGCUGACAGCGAGAUUGCAAAGUCAGUUCGUGCCGGCGGUGGGAUUCCCUAA